GUGCUUCCGAACAAUUUUGGUAAUGCUGGCCAUACGGCCACACCUUCAUGUGCGGCGCCAUGCGCUGCAGUUUCUUCGGUUCCAUUCCAAAGUAGUGACUUGCUCGGAGCUUUUGAUCUACGGAGCCAACACUGAUGUGGGGAAGACCGUGGUGAGUGCUGCUUUGUGCCAUUAUUUGAUCACCAGAGGACAUGCGGUGACCUACAUUAAGCCUGUUCAGACAGGCAGUGAGACGGAUGCCGACGCGAUCUCCAGACUCUGCACCGCGGAAGGGCUCAGCAAUAUCGCGUUUGAAACGCUCUUUCACUAUCCCUCGCCAGAAUCUCCAGCCAGUGCGGCUGAGAAAGCUGGAGCCAUCCCUCCCGAAGAUGCAGCCUUCCGCCAAGCCGUCGUCGAAAGCCUGGCCCGCGGAAGCUUGACGGCGCCUCGCUUCCGCUUGGUGGAGACGGCGGGAGGGCCCCUGAGCCCUGGUCCGAACCAUACCUUUCAAGCUGACAUCUAUGCACCUCUUGGCUUGACCAGUCUGCUGGUGGGCGAUGCGCGCCUGGGUGGCAUCUCUGCCACGGUGUGCGCCUAUGAGGCGCUCAAAGCACGAAAGCAAGCUCCUAAGAUGAUCCUCUUUGUGGGCAGUGAAGGGCAGCACAGCAACGCCGUUGCGGUGCAACGAGCCUUGCCUGAGGUGCCGGUGGUCUCUAUCCCACAGGUGCCGCCCCUGAGCGAGCCCUUGACCAACUGGGUGGCCUUGAAGGAUGUGGCUGACGGAAUGUCGCAGGUGCUCAGGGUGAUGAAGGGCGAGAUUCCGGGUGAUGAGGAACAUUUGCAGGGUGCAAAGCAAGAGGUGCAAGUGGAACAUCUUCAGAUUGAUCAGAACCACUUGUGGCACCCUUACACCAGCAUGGUGAAGCCUGGCCGCGUGUGGUCGGUGCGAUCUGCGGAAGGCUGUCUCAUCCAGCUGGAGGAUGGAAGACGUUUGGUGGAUGGCAUGGCGUCGUGGUGGUGCGCCAUCCACGGCUACAAUGUGCCGGAGCUGAAUGCAGCAGCUGCAAAUCAAUUGGGCCAAAUGAGUCAUGUGAUGUUUGGAGGUCUGACCCACCGUCCUGCCACACUUUUGGCCAAACAGUUGCUGGACUGUGCGCCUGAGGGUCUCACACAGGUUUUCCUGUGCGACUCCGGGAGUGUCAGCGUGGAAGUCGCGCUGAAAAUGUCGCUUCAAUACUGGGCCAUGAAAGGAAAGCCGUCCAAAUGUCGUAUUGCGACGGUGCAGCGUGGCUACCAUGGCGACACCUUUGGCGCCAUGUCGGUGUGUGACCCGGUGCGUGGUAUGCAUACGUUAUUCAAAGGAGCUUUAGCUCAGCAGCUCUUUGCAGAGCCUCCGGAGCUAUCGACAGACUGGAGUACUGGCGACGAUGGCUUCUCGAGCAUGGAAAGCCUGCUGAAGGAGCGCCACCAGGAAGUGGCAGCAGUGAUUAUCGAACCGGUGGUUCAAGGUGCUGGGGGAAUGCGUAUCUACAAUCCCUCCUACUUGCAAAAGCUCCGUAAGCUUUGUGAUGAGCUGGACGUGUUGCUGAUUUUUGACGAGAUUGCUACGGGCUUCGGGCGCACUGGGAAGCUUUUCGCUGCGGAGCAUGCCCAGGUGUCGCCGGACAUCAUGUGCAUCGGCAAGGCGCUGACAGGUGGCUACUGCACCCUAGGUGCUGCCAUUGCUUCAGAGAAGGUGAGCCACGGAGUGAGCGGCCCGGACGGACGGCAGCCGCUGAUGCAUGGACCUACCUUCAUGGGAAACCCGUUGGCAUGUUCGAUUGCAGCUGCCAGCAUCCAACUGCUGCUGGAUGGUCCAUGGCAUUCACGUGUGAAGAGCAUCGAGGAGCAGCUUGUCCGGGAGCUACGACCCUUGGCAGCCUAUGCGGAAGUGGAGGACGUCCGUGUGCUGGGUGCCAUUGGAGUGGUGGAGCUGAAGACUGCUCCUGCAGAGCCACAGAAGCUGCAGGCGGCCUUGGUGGAUCAAGGGGUUUGGCUACGACCUUUUGGCCGUACGAUCUACACAAUGCCCCCGUUUGUCAUCUCGUCUGAGGAGCUGAGCCGCAUUUCCGGUGCCAUUGCAUCGGUCUUGGACGCCCACAUACCGCGGUCUGCGGAGUGAAAAGAUUGGGGAAACAGCAGGGAAGAACGAGUUGGAACCCAAGAACUCUGCAGUGCUCAGUGGCCGUGGCGCGUGCGAACUGGAGCUUGG